AUGUUCGCUCGUACCCUUUCCCGCUACCAUUUCUCCACUCGUGCCACACUGAAUUUGAAUAAUACAAUCAACGGCUGCCUCCGUAACGGAAAUUUAAACGCUGCCCGCCAAGUUUUCGAUGAAAAUCCUGAGUCCAGAAACAUUGUCUCCUGGAAUUCAAUAAUUACUGGAUACAUGAGGCACAACCGUUGGCGACGUGCCGAAGAGUUGUUCGACCAAAUGCCCCAGAAGGACGUUGUUUCAUGGAACACCAUGCUUUCUGGCUUCCGCCAGGCCAACCACCCAGAAAAAUCUUACCAGUAUUUCAUGAAAAUGACCAGGGCCGGCGAGAAACCCAAUGAACUUACUUUUGCAGUCUUGAUUAGCGCAUUCUUGAACACGGGUUACAGUUUCUUGACCCCUCAGCUUCACUGUCGAGUGCUUUCUUCGGGAUUGAAUCUGAAUGAUUCUCUUGGGUCAGCAUUGAUGAGAGGUUACCUAGACUUGGGCGAUCGAGAAGGGUUGUGUCGAGUGUUUGAUGAGAUUUUGGUGAAAGACGUGGCGCCUUGGAACGUGUUGAUUCUUGGUUUUAUGGAAUUUGGGCUAACCAGUGAAGCUAAGAGGGCAUUUUAUCUGAUGCCCGAGAAGAAUGCUUUCUCGUGGAGUACUCUCAUUAAUGGAUAUGUCAAGAAUAAGAUGCUAAGUGAAGCCCGCUCUGUUUUGGAUACGAUGAGUGAAAAUGAUGUUGUUUGUUGGACUGCAAUGAUAAAAGGGUAUGUACAGUGGGAGGAUUUUUUGGAGGCUUUGGGAUUGUUUAUCUUGAUGCUAAACUCGGGGCCUAGGCCUAAUCACUUCACAUUCUCAUGCGUGCUAGAUGCCUGUGCAGGCUGCUCUUCUCUCCUCAUAGGCAAUCAAGUUCACUCAUGUAUACUUAAGGUUGGUACAGUGCUUGAUGUCAUCUUGUCGACUUCCCUUCUUGACAUGUAUGCAAAGUGCGGGGAUAUUGAGGCAGCGUAUUAUAUAUUUCAAUCCAUGUCAGAAAAGAAUCUGGUCUCCUGGAAUUCUAUAAUUGGUGGAUAUGCAAGGCACGGCCUUGCCAAAAGAGCAUUGCAAGAAUUCGAGAGAAUGGUGAAGGAAUCAAUCAACCCUGAUGAAAUUACGUUUAUUAAUGUCCUUUCGGCUUGUGGGCAUGGAGGAAUGGUUGAAGAGGGUGAACGGAUAUUUAACUCCAUGAAUUCAAAAUACGGAGUAAAACCAGGGAUUCAGCAUUUUGCUUGCAUAGUGGAUUUGUAUGGAAAAGCUGGGCAGCUCAAGAAAGCAGAGGAAUUUGUUAGGGGAAUGCCUUUUGAGCCUGAUGUGGUUGUAUGGGGGGCAUUGCUUGGGGCCUGUGGCCUACAUUCUUGUUUGGAAAUUGGCGAGUCUGCUGCCAGCAGAAUUUAUAAAUUGGAACAAGACCAUCCUGCUGUAUAUGCAAUGCUAUCCAAGAUGCACGGUGAAAAUGAAGUAUGGAAUACUGUAGCUCAGAUGAAGAAGAUGAUAAGAGUUAAGCGUGCUAGGAAACAGAAGGCUGGGCCUGUCGAGCAGCAGAGGUUUUCACUUAGACGCAUCAGAUUUCCAGCUUUAAGAUCCCUACUGUUCAAUGGAGACAGAACAAAACAUUUAAUAGCUGAUACACAUUCUUCAGUUUCCUGGUAUUCCAUGCAACGCAUCCUGAGCCUCAAACCAUAG